GCAUAAAGCUGGUGAAUAGACGACUCAAACAAACCUUUAGCGUUUAGAUCGAGUCGGGCAAGUCUCUAUUGCUCCCAAUCCCGCUCUCUCUCCUGUUAUUUUCAUCCUUUUCUUUCUUCCACUCUAAUAGUCUCAGAAUGAGCUGGUGGUGGGCAAGAGCUACAGGCGCUGCAAAGAGCAAAUAUGAAGACCAAGAAGCACCACCUCGAAGCUACAAAAACGUGGGCCUGGUGAUCGGCGUGACUGGCAUUGUCGGCAACAGCCUAGCCGAAAUCCUCCCACUCCAUGACACCCCCGGAGGCCCCUGGAAGGUUUAUGGCGUGGCUCGUCGCCCGCGCCCCGCAUGGAACGCCAACCAUCCAGUCGAAUACAUCCAGUGCGACGUCUCUGACUCCGAGGACACCCAGAACAAGCUUUCCCAAUUAGUGGAUGUCACCCACAUCUUUUACGUCACGUGGGCCAGCCGACCAACUGAGGCCGAGAACUGCGAGGCCAACGGCGCCAUGUUCCGCAACGUGCUCCGCGCUGUAAUCCCAAACGCUCCGAAUCUCCACCACAUCUGCCUCCAAACCGGCACCAAACACUACGUCGGACCCUUCGAGAGCAUCGGCAAGAUCAAAAUCCGUAGUCCACCAUUUACGGAAGAUUUGCCACGUUUGAACGUGCCGAAUUUCUACUACACUCAGGAAGACAUUUUAUUUGAAGAAGCUAAGAAUAAAGAGGGAUUGACUUGGUCCAUCCACCGACCCAACACGAUAUUCGGAUUCUCCCCUCAUAGCUUGAUGAACAUAGUAGGCACGCUUUGCGUAUACGCUGCUAUAUGCAAGCACGAGGGGCUUCCCUUGAAAUUUCCUGGAAGCAAAGCGUUCUGGGAGGACUACUACGUGGCUUCGGAUGCUGAUCUUAUUGCGGAGCAGCAAAUAUGGGCGGUGGUGGACCCUAAUGGUUGGAACGAAGCGUUUAAUUGCAACAACGGAGACGUGUUCAAGUGGAAGCAUCUUUGGAAGGCGUUGGCAGAGAGAUUUGGGAUUGAGAAGUACGGAUUCGAGGGGGGUGAGAAAGUUAGCUUGGUGGAGAUGAUGAAGGACAAGGGUCCUGUGUGGGAAGAGAUUGUGAGGGAGAAUCAACUGCAACCCACAAAGUUGGAGGAUGUUGGGGUGUGGUGGUUUGCGGACUUUAUCCUGGCUGGGGGUGAUUUCGUGGACAGUGUGAAUAAGAGCAAGGAACAUGGCUUCACAGGGUUCAGGAACUCCACAAAUUCGUUCACUACGUGGAUAGAUAAGAUGAAAGUUUACAAGAUCGUGCCUUGAAAGAAAUCAAUAUCAAUGUCAGAUGGAAUGGUUUAUUUUUUUGUUGUUAAAUAAAUAAUAACCAUGCGAGAGAAGCACGCUCUCCCUUUCUAUUUUUGUUUUUGUUGUAGACUUUUGGGUGAGGGCUUGAGGUAGCAGUAGUUGAAAAAAGUUCUGUAUUGAAAAUGUUCUAUCACAGAAAACUGUUUUUUUU